CUAUUUCUCGGCUCUCGGGCUCGGAGGUGGCAGAAGGCGACAGGGAGAGGGGGGUGCGUGUCCGCCUCUGCUGUCCCCCGGGGGUGUGAGGAGGGUGCCCCGCACCCCACACUCCAUCCCGACCAUGGGGGGCUGGUCCGGCAGCGCCUGGAUUUUGCCCCUUUUUUUGGCUGGGCUCGUCCAGCCCGGGCAGAGCGAGGAGAGGGAGAAGGUGAAAUGCUACGACUCGGUGGAGGGCACUAUCUACGACUACGGGGCCCUGAGCCUCGACGGAGAUGAGUAUAUCCCCUUCAGGAAGUAUGAGGGGAAGAUGGUGCUCUUUGUCAACGUGGCCACAUACUGAGGCCUCACCCUGCAGUAUGUUGAACUGAAUGCACUACAAACUGAGCUGGGGCCCUAUGGGCUCGUUGUCCUGGGCUUCCCCUCCAACCAAUUCGGGAAGCAGGAACCCGGCCAGAACUCAGAGAUCCUCCCUGCGCUCAAGUACGUCCGGCCAGGGGGUGGCUUCGUCCCCAACUUCCAGCUUUUCCAGAAAGGGGAUGUGAACGGGGUCAAAGAACAGAAGGUCUUCACCUUCCUGAAGAACUCCUGUCCCCCAGUGGCGGAGAAUUUUGGGCACCCUAAGAACCUCUUCUGGGAGCCUCUGCGGAACCAUGACAUCAAGUGGAACUUCGAGAAGUUCCUGGUGGGCCCUGACGGCGUGCCUGUCAUGCGCUGGUACCACCGCGCCAACAUCGCUGUCGUGAAGAACGACAUCAUCACCUACAUGAGGCAGCAGCAGCACCACCUGCCGCCGCCACCGCCGCCGCAGCAGCAGGAGGAGGAGGAAGGCCAGUAGAGGCUGCUGGCAUUCCCCCAUCCUGUCCCCUCCCUGCCUUCUCCCCAGCCGGCACGCCGCUCCUCCAUCACUUCCAUCUCUGCCACACUUCAGCCAGGAUGUUGGGCUGGGCAGCCUGGUGGCAGAGACCUCAGCGAUGGCAGGAGGGUGUUUCCCAGUAACGCCAUGUCCCACCUCCACCCCCUGGCAGUGACAUCUCCUCCUGGCCCUCAGCUCACCUCCCCUGCUCUGCCACCCCAUCUUGCCGGGCAGUGGGGGGAUGCAGGGGCUGGCUGCCCCCGGAGCAGAAGCCCACGUCUUCAUGAAGGCUUGGCCUGAAAGCCCCUGGCAUAGGGCGGGCCUGGCCUGAUCCCGCUGGGCACGGAGCAGCUCUUCAGUGCAUUCAAGCUGCCCGUGGUACUGGCACAGAGACGUGCUCCUCUCCUGGCUGGGGGCAGCUGGUCCCUCACCCCCCCACCAGAGAAACACCAAAUAAAGGCUCUGCAACUGUGCA